AUGAGCGAACCCAAUGACGAGCCGAUCAAGCAGUUUGCGGAGAAGCAAGAGAAGCAGUCGAAACGGAGAGAGUCUGGCGAUCUUGGAGAGGAACGCGAUUAUACGAACCCGAAUCGCUAUUGGUUCGAGUCAACAGCAUGUCCCCUCAUUGCAGGCACGUUUGGGCCUAUGGCCUCCGCCUUCUCCAUAUGUGCCUUAUCGUCGAGUUGGAGAGUCUACAUCCCACCUGGCGGUACUGUCAAUAAUGGCACCACAAUCGAUGAUCCUAAAUGGCUACUUGCGAUCAAUGCCGUCUCACUGGCACUUGCACUCAUUGCAAAUGGAUCGUUACUACUCAACAUGGCUCACCGUUUGCGGUUCUCGAUAGCGCAACCAAUCACGAUUGUUGGCUUCACUGUCUCCUCUGGGCUCCUAAUUGCGGAUCUCAUUGCCCUAACCGUGUCACAUACCUAUCGACUUCCUACAGAUUCUCCUGCCGCACCUGCCGUUAAUCAUGCCUUGACGUCGGCUUUCUACUAUGCGAUCAUGGCUGCUGGCAUCUACCUCAUCAUUGCUGCGCUCAUGAGUCUGACUGUCUGGGGUGCUUACAAGGGACAUUACGCCAGGCAGUUUCGACUUACGACAGCUCAACGGACGCUGAUGCUGCAGACGAUGAGCUUCUUCACAUAUCUUCUACUUGGCGCUCUGGUUUUCAGCCAUGUCGAGAAGUGGGAAUAUCUGGAUGCCGUGUAUUGGGCAGACGUAACACUGCUUACAAUUGGUCUUGGAGACUUCUCACCAAGCACACAUACAGGUCGAUCGCUCUUCAUACCAUUCGCCAUCGGUGGCAUUGUUAUCCUCGGUCUUGUCGUUGGCUCAAUCCGAACUCUGGUCUUGGAACGAGGACAAAAGAAGAUAUCUGCCCGGAUGAUGGAGAAGAAGCGACUGCGCGCCGUCAAUAGUGUUAGCGACGGUAAACAACGGAUGCGUGUAAGCCGCUUCCAGACCAUGAAGUUCGUGGAGAGCUAUACAAAUGCUGCUCAAAAAAGAGAACAAGAGUUUACCGCGAUGAGAAGGGUCCAGGAUUGUGCUGAGAGGGACCGCAAGUGGAUCGCUCUAGCAGUGUCUACAACCGCUGCCUUUGCCUUGUGGCUAGUUGGUGCUGCUAUCUUCCAUGUCGCAGAGAGAAAGCAGGGCUGGACUUAUUUCCAGACAAUGUACUUUACAUAUACUUGUCUACUCACGAUAGGGUAUGGUGACUUUACACCUUCUUCGAACUCUAGUAAAGCUUUCUUUGUUUUGUGGAGUGUCCUGGCGAUUCCCACCCUCACCGUGCUUAUUUCUGAUAUGAGUGAUACGGUGGUCCAACUUUUCUCAAAUUUGACGAAUUGGGUCGCCUCCCUAACUGUUCUCCCCGAAGAAGGCAUCAGAAUCGUCGGAAAAGCAGCCUUCAGAUCUCUUAGCAUGAGCCACGUCUUCUCUCACGACCUCGAUGCCUCCAAAAUCCAUGGACCAAACCUAAGUCGUGAGCUCAAAGCUCCAAGCACAGAGGAAGACGACAAUGAGCCGCCCAUCACAAUGUCCGACCGCAUAGCCGACCGCAUGGCCAAACACCUCGAAGCUGAAGAACUCUUCGAUGCCAUCUCCGCCGAACAAGCGGGCGACAAUCUCGAGCGCGACAUACACUUCUAUCACUUCAUCCUCGCACGCGAGACCCAACGUCUCAUGAAAGAUCUGAACGCCUCACCACCCAAACGCUAUUCUUGGGGUGAGUGGGAGUACUUUUUGAAGCUCAUGGCCAACGAUUAUGAUACUGCCGCCAUGUCUGGGAAUGACUUGAUUCCAGAUGAGCUCAGAUUGCCAGAGACAAGGGAGGAGUGGAAGAAAAAACACGCAGAACAUCGGUGGAGUUGGUUGAGUGGGGAGAGUCCUUUGAUGGGACAUACUUCCGAGACUGAGUGGAUUCUGGAACGCUUGGGUGCUUGUUUGGAGAGGGAGUUGAGAGAGUCGAAGUUAUUGCCUUAUCGUACCAGAGAAGAGAGGAGGAGGCCUCCUGUCAGUAUGGGGGAUAUGGUUAGAAGAGGGAGAAUUAAGCAAAGGGGGGACGAUUGA